GUCUCCGACUAGCUGUGGAACCAGAUCUCUGAGACAGAGAGAGGAUCGUUGACCGUUGACCGAUCCAACCAAUGGCUCAGAUCUUCGAGCACUUCGUCGUCUGCGGCAUCGGGCCGGAGAUUCGAACCCUCGACGGCGGCAGAGGAUUCCACGGCUUCGCCGAAAUGUACCUCCCGUCUUUGCUCGACCAGUUCCCUCCCGCCAACCACACUCUCUAUCCUCCUCCACCGCCUCAGCUCCCCACCUGUGUGCUGCCAGCUGGCGUUUCGUCGUUUCCGCGGAGCUAUCCCAUUGUUCUUACUGCGCACCUUCUGUCCUUACUGGUAAAGACCCCAAAUCAGAUCCAUUGGAGCGGGCUGUAAGUCCUAUACUCCUUCUACAUGAUAUCUAGUAGGUUACUUUAGAGCUUUCGUUAGCUAGUGUAAUAUUGUUCAUUCAGGCUGAAAGGGAAUGUAUGGUUUUGAACAUCAAAGUUAAGCUGCAGGGUCUGUGGCUGCGUCUUCUAAAACUGGGACCUACUGAUAAUCCUCUUUCUUCAUUUGAGUAUGGAACAAUUCUUGCUUUAAUUGAAUCGGAUGCAGAGGGGAUUGGUGGCAGUGGGUUUGUUGAAUGUAUAAGGGAGCACAUAAAUUCGGGAUGGCACUGUCAGUUAACUGAAGAACAAUUUAUUGCUGUGAAGGAACUGACAAACCAUGAGCGCGAGACAAGUGGGCAGAAUGAUGCUCUGUUUUUGGAAAGUAGGUGCUAUUUUUUCUUGACCGAUGGGUGGAUUCUCAUAGUGAACAAUUGAGUCUAGUUCGAGGAAAUUUUUUUUUUUGUUGAGAUGGUCAUGUAACAUUAAGCAGAGUAUGCUCACAGAUUUUAAUGGUAUAGUUACUUUUAAAUGGUCAUGGUUAUAGUUUGUUUGUUUGUUUUUUUUUUUUCACAAUAUUCAAUCAUGUUUGAGAAAUUGCCAAUUGUGCUUUCAAUAGUACUGAAGAAAACAUUUUAUUAGUUUU